AUGGGUGUACCUGGAACUAGUAAUUUAUUAGGUGCGAAAUCACCUCAGGAUAACAGAGGAAACGUUCACAGCAUCCACGUCAUGCUCGGGCUACAACAUUCGGAUAUGCUGUUGGGUGUGCCUACGACAAUAACCGCGACAAUGCCGAGCACGGGAAAAAUGGUGGAUAAUAAUAAUUGUAAUCAUCAUCAUCAACAAAUUCAACAUAAUUCUCAUAUCCAUUCACACGAUCUCAAUACUUCGUAUGAGACUUCACAAAUGCCGACAGAUAAUAAUACACUUUCGAGGAGAAAACCUGAUGAACCUGUAAAUACAAAUUCUAAUUUAUCUAAUCAAAAUUCUAAUAAAAAAACGGAUACGAAAAAUAAAAAAAAUGAAACGGGAGGAGUUAAAAAAAAGAAAACAAGAACUACUUUUACUGCAUAUCAACUGGAAGAAUUGGAAAGAGCUUUCGAAAGAGCACCUUAUCCCGAUGUAUUUGCAAGGGAAGAAUUAGCAUUAAAAUUAAAUUUAUCUGAAUCGAGAGUUCAGGUUUGGUUUCAAAAUCGAAGAGCCAAAUGGAGAAAAAGAGAACCUCCAAGGAAAACCGGUUACACAUUAAAUACUAGCACAACGAAUGCAGCUUUGCCAUCUACUUUUGCAUCACUUAAUAAUACUUUAAGUCCUUUUAAUGCUAGUCCAAAUUCUUCAACUCCUGAUUCUUGGUCUUACAAUUCUCCAUAUUCCGAUUUGGGACCCCAUUUAAAUUUAUUAACUUCGACUAAUUAUCCACCGGCUACUAAUUCAUAUUCUGCUCAAAAUUCCACCUAUACUUUCCUGGCUAAUAAAACGGAAAAUUAUUUAAAUAUUCACGAUUCGAAUUUGUUCAGAACUCAUCAUGAAUAUUUGGAUCACGAAUCUCCUCCCCUGUCUACGGUACUCACAAAUACUGUUAAUUCUUCAUCCAUACUACCCACAAAUCAAUCUCCUCCGAUGAUGACGACACACGAAAUAAUACAUAAUUCGGAUAAAUCCAUGUACAUAGAAAAUAGGGAUAAAAUGGAAGAAUAUCAACAGGUUAAUCACGAACAAAUGAAUCACGAGGGUGACAUGCACACAUUCGAUCAGGAUAAAACCAUAAAUUCGGGAAUUCAAUUUCGGGAAGAUAAACUCGUGGGUUUUAGAAUACAAAAAGAAGAAAGUCCAGUGAAUUGGGUAGAAAAAAAUAAUUAUAGAACUGUCGGUAAAGAUAUUGGAACGGGAAUAAAACAAGAAAAUGGUAAUAACGGUUAUCAACAAAAUGGCCCCCUUCCUCCUUUUAUGAAUUGA